GUUCCAACCCGGGACGGAUUUGAUCGAGAGUGGAAAUACAAACCGAUGCCCAAAAGCUGAACGAGCUUUCCAGAGAAAGAAGAAGAGGCGGUAUCGUCGCACAUAGGGAGACUUCUGCUGCGUCUGUAUAAAUAUAUACACUCCGUAUGUAUCUAUAGUCUGGUGUAUAAAGACGCGCAUGGUGGGCCCUAAACCCCUCUGUUUGUUUUCAAACCCUCCCGCGAAGCAAACCCAUCAUCCUUCGCUUUGAUUCUUACUCCGAGUCUCGAUCCCGAUUGGGGAAGCCGCCAACCAGAGGGAGGGGUAAAAGAAAAAGAAGAAAAGAAAAAGAUUAAAUCUUGAUUUGCAUCUGCGUGAAUAACAAGAGUGGUUUGAUUCGACUUUCUGGGUUCUUCCUGCUUCUGCCCGACUCAAUUUGGAUUCAUGGAGGAGAAGAAUCAGCAUGGUUCCGAUCGAUUUGCUCCCAACUCCUCCCCGAGUUCGCGAGAGAGCUGAGUUGCAUGCUGUAGCAGAACAGUCUGUUUCACCCAAAGACGAGAGGGUUGUUUCUGCAAAUCCUUCAAUAAAUUCCAAAGAUCAAUCUGCUAGUUCUGAGACAAGUGCGGCUUUCCCCACCAUGUACCCAAUGAAUCCUUAUCCUCCACCGGAGCAAGGCUUUUACUAUGGAGGCUUUGACAACAGCUCGGGAAAUUGGGGUGAACACUCCAACGAAAUGAAUGCUAAUAACUUGCAUGUCAUACCUCCGGCAGUAUACAAUGAAAAUUCAUCAUUCUUUUUCCCCCCUAGCUAUGGUUAUGAUGCUCAGAUGGCAUAUGGGCAAUUCUCCCCUGUUAGCAGUCAUCUGUCCCCCAUAAUGAUAGAUGGUCAGCUAUAUUCUCCACACCAGGUCCCCAUAUCUCCAUCCUACUAUCAACCACCAAUUUCACCUGGACUGCCACAUGUCUCUCAAGCCCUUCCCACCUCACAGGGUGAGCUAAUAGUGAAUCCAGGAAGGGGUGGCCAUGAAAGUUUUGUUGACGGUAUGAUAUAUGGACCAGGAUCAGGUUACUACAUGCCCGUUGGAUCUUAUGGUGGAGGAGAGCUUCCUGUAAACAACAACCUUGGCUUCUACAAACUUCAGAAUGAUUUUCGAUCCGGGGAACAACCUUUGACAAACCGAUCUAAUUCAAUGGACUCUGGCAGAUAUGUUUCUCCUUUGACUUCUGCUACACUAUAUCCACAGCAAUUUGGCCUACUUGGGUCAUAUGAACAAACUGCUGCACAGGGUAUUGGAUACACACAGGGUGCCUCAUCCAGACACUACAUUCGAGGUGGAUCUUAUCCGGGUUCAAAUUAUGCCAGCGGGUCCAGUUGGGGAACUGGUCACCCGAAUCGAUUUGCAAGUGCAAAAGGUUAUAGUCGGGAUAGGGAACUAGACUCGACCAACAUCUCUACCGAGUCACUGGGUGAACGAAAUAGGGGACCCAGGGCUUUGAAGCCAAAGAACAAGAGUUCCACUGAAGAGAACCUUUCGUCUGGAAUUCUUCUUAAAGAUCUUGACCAGAUUAAUCGCUCUGACUUUGUUGUGGAUUACAAGGAGGCCAAGUUCUUCGUCAUCAAGUCCUUCAGUGAAGACAAUGUUCAUAAAAGCAUUAAAUAUAACGUUUGGUCCAGCACCCCACUUGGGAAUAGAAAACUGGAUGCCGUUUAUCGAGAAGCGAAGGAGCUUGAUUGCAAUUGCCCGGUUUUUCUAUUUUUUUCGGUUAAUGCAAGCGGACAAUUCUGCGGGGUAGCAGAAAUGGUGGGACCCAUUGAUUUCGAGAAAGACGCAGAGUACUGGCAACAAGACAGGUGGAACGGGCAAUUCCCUGUGAAAUGGCAUUUCAUCAAAGACGUUCCGAACAUCCAGUUUCGCCAUAUCCUGCUGGAAAAUAAUGACAACAAACCAGUCACUCACAGUCGCGAUUCUCAAGAGGUGAAAAUGGAACAAGGGAUUGAGAUGUUGAAGAUUUUCAAGGAUUAUGAGGCCGAGACUUCCAUGGUGGACGAUUUCACCUUCUACAAUGACAGGGAGAAAGCCCUGUUAGAAAGGAAGGCGAAACAGCGAGUGAUGCCACCACCAACCACCGCUGCUGCUGCUGCACCACCACCAGCACCGUUGCCUGCCGACUCAAUAAACCAUCUGUCUGAAUCCCUAGCUGAAACCCUCAAAUUGGAAGACAGCAGUAACAAACAGUUGCCUCCAAAAGAUGGGGAGAAGUGAGAAUCCUUACAUCUUCAACCUGCCCAGAUUUGGCUAGUAGUAUUCCUUCUCAUAAACCAAAAAAACCCUUGUCUUUCCUGUUGCUGGCUGCCCAUUCUUGUUUCCCAGUUUAUAGUGGGUAGGUGCCCCUCUAGUGGAGUGGCUAGUAGCUUUGUUCUGGAGUCUUCUUUUAUUGGAGCCUUCAUCCAGUUGGUUGUUUGCCUGGCAUUUCACCAACUCAAUUAGAGACUUCUACUUCUGCAGUUUUAAUUGUGUACUACUCCAAAUAUACUUUGCGCUGUUUU